GGGGAAUUCUUCCUUGCUUGUAUUGAUGUUUUCAAGUUGCUUUUGGUACUGCUGCUGCUAAGGGAACCGUCGCAGAAGGAUGGUGUGCGAAAAAUGUGAAAAGAAACUUGGUACUGUUAUCACUCCAGAUACAUGGAAAGAUGGUGCAAGGAAUACCACAGAAAGUGGUGGGAGAAAGCUGAAUGAAAAUAAAGCUUUGACCUCAAAAAAAGCAAGAUUUGAUCCAUAUGGAAAGAAUAAGUUCUCCACUUGCAGAAUUUGUAAAAGCUCUGUGCACCAACCAGGUUCUAAUUACUGCCAGGGCUGUGCCUACAAAAAGGGCAUCUGUGCAAUGUGUGGAAAAAAGGUUUUGGAUACAAAAAACUACAAGCAAACGUCUGUCUAGAUGUAUUGAUGAAGUUUCUGGCUUCCUAUAUGAUUUUUCUUUCUGCUUUAAAUUUUUGAGGCAUAUCAGAGAUGUGCAAGUUAAAAAAAAUAACAUGUUUUAAGAUAAUUAAGUUUAAACCAGGGAAGUUGAUUGGUAUUCAUUUUUUUUGCUCUCAAGAAGCUCUGAGUAGCUACAGUAUAAUUAGUCUGCCUUACAUGCAUCUGAUUAAACUAGAAUAAGUGGCAGAUUUAACAACAACAACAAAAAAUAUUGGCCCAGUUCUGUAUGCACUUUUUAUUUAACAUUAUUCAUGUAAUUCUUACUAUCCUCUCCCUCUACUUAUAUAUAUUGCAGAAGUGAAAAGGAGAUCAUUGUUAUUUGCUCAGAGCUUGGCAUCCAAACGUAUACUCUUCAGACCCUUAUUCCCUUGUUGGUUGCCUAGUUCUUAGAAUCAGCAGUACCUUAAAUAUUGCAGCUUCACAGGGUAUUUAAGUAUCUGAAACCAUUAUAGCUGAAUGGUUCCUUAGAAAUUAGCCCAGACCCAAUCAAACACAAAAGUUGCAUAUAUGAUUUUUUUUAAAUUUGUUCUUGAGGCCAUAGUGCUAAUACCUUUCUUAUGAGAAUAAGAACACAAGAGACCCCACAUAUAUAUCCAAAUGAAUACACUGGAUUUCAGGAAAACACAUGACUGUGAAUCCACAUUAUUAUGAAAGCCAAGAGAGCAGCGUUUGUUAUGAUGAUGUACCAUGGAAGUGAGUUACCACUCUUUGGGAAAGCUCUUUGAAGCAAAAUGAAGCUUCUUUAAUUCUCUCCCCAACCUUCCCCCCCAACCAAAAAUAAAUAAAUAGAACAAAGCAAA